AUGGCGCCGCUUCUGAACUACGCGCUCGCGCUCGUCCUCGGCGCGUACCUCGCGCUGUGGCUCACGUCGCGAUGGUUCCUCCCGCGGCUGAUAUCCUUCGUGGUCCGACUCUCGUCCACGCGCGGCGUGGACGUCGCCGUCGGCGCGGUCGGCUUCAUGCAGCUCUCGGACAUCGUCGUGACGUUCCCUCGCGGCGCGAUCGCGCGCGUCGUCGUCGCCGACGUCCUCUACACCGGCCAGGUGGUGACGCUCCUCGCGUGGUUUCGAGAGUUUAUCGGAUCGCGGCUGCGCGGCGCGAAGCUCCGCGACGCGCUCGCCGCGAGAGACGACGAAAACGGCGGCGUCGACGGCGCGAGUUACUCCGGGCCGCUCGGGAGCGCGAGCAGGGUGCGCGAGUUACUCCGCGCGGAGAGCGGCGGCGGCGGAGGAGGAGGAGGAGGCGGCGGAGGGAACGCCGCGUCGCCGUCGCCGUCGCCGCGAGAGGCGUCCGACGAGCCGGAAUCCCCCGCCGCGGCGGCGGCGUCGCUCACGCCAGCCGGCGGCGCGGGCGGCGGCGUCGCCCGGACGUCCUCCGCGGCGUCGGCGUCGGCGUCGUCGGAGGGAGGCGGGGUCGGGCGCGGGGGCGGCGCGGGUUUCAGGCGCGCGUCCGCGCGCGCGGCGCUCACGAUGCAGGUGCCGUUUCUCGUCGCCGGCGUUCGCGUCGUGUUGAGAGACGACGCGUCGUCGUUCGGCGGCGGCGGCGACGACGGCGAUUCGACGCCGUCCACGCCGACGACGCCCGACGACGCCGUCGACGGCGCGGCGGAGGAGGACGCGGAAGGCGGCGAGCGCGAAAAGAACACGAAGAAGAAGGCGACGAAAGGGUGGAAGUGGAGCCGGUGGCAGCUCCUGAAGGGCUUCGCGUCGUUCGCGCGCGUGACCAUCACGGACGUCGUCGUCGACGCGUCUGCGCUCGGGAAGGGCGUUCACGCGACGUCGAGGGUCGCGCUGACCGCGGCCGUGGGCGUCGGCGCGAGAGGCGGGCUCCUCGCGCGGCUGGCGACCGAGAGCGUCCGCGCCAGCGCGGGGGGAGGGCCGGCGAAGGACGGCGAGGGAGAGGACGCGGAGGGAGAGGACGCUGAGGACCGGCGGGUGGGCGAAUUCGUCGACGCGCGCGCGGACGCGACGCUUCGAUGGCGCGACGACGGCGUCCUCGUCACGACCGCGGCGCUGAGCGUCGAGAGGAUCGAGGGGAGGCUCGAGACGGACGGAGGCGCACAGCUGUGCGCGGACGUCGAGGGCGUGCGCGUGUCGUAUCGCGUCGAGACGGAGGCGGAGGCGACGGCGGAGACCUCGCGGCGAAGAAACGCUUCCUCCUCCUCGACGUUGCCCUCGCACCAGCCGGACGAGAGCGACCCGGGCCCGCGCGCGUGCGACCGCGUCGUGAUAUCCGCGGGGAUGAAACGCGCGCAGGUGGCGACGAGCGACGCCAUCAUGGGCGUCGGCGGGAGCGGCGCCGUCGCCGCCGCGACGCGAUGCGGCGCCGCGUCGGUUCUCGCGCACGCGCCGAAGAUACGACGCGACGGCGGCGAAUUCGACGACGACGCGGUGGGGACGAUCCGCGCGUACGCGUCCGAGGUGGACGCGUGUAAUCACCCCGCGCUCGUGGCCGCGCUCGCGGGCGCGCUGGCGCGCUUCCAGCCGAGGAAGUCGACGGGAAAAUCGACGAAAUUAAAGUCAAAUUCGAGUCGACGGCGCUGGGACGCAAAGGCGUCGUUCGUCGACGGCGUCCGCGCGCGCGUGCACGACGACGGACACCGCGUCUUGUGCGAAGCGACCGCGAGCGAGAUCGUCCUGAGCGGGGAUUUCGGCGCCGCGCGCGGCGGCGAGGCGCCGUCGCGCGCCGUCGUCGUCGCGGGCGCGCGCGUCGCCGCCGCGGUGGCACCCGCCGCGAGCGAAUCCGGCGACGCCACUUCAGCGCCGCGAGGACCUGAACCACACGUCUUGAGACACGUGUGCGCGAUCGACCGCGUCGGGUGCAGCGUAGGUCCGGUGUUAUCCCCGACGGAGUUUCUCUACGAGACCAUCGGCGCGAGAGGCGCGGGGGAGACGCCCGGCGGGUUAAAACACGAGCCGUCCACGAGGGGCGGCGCCGACGCCGACGCCGACGCCGACGCCCACCCGGACGCGGCGCUCGAUCUGGAAAUCAUGGGCGCGACCGUGGACGUGGAUGUGGACGAGCUCGCGUGCGUGGACGCGAGCGCGGCGAAAGCGGUCGCGGCGGUGCGCGCGUCCGUUGACGCGCUGAGAACAGCCGCGGGAUCGAGCGUUUUGGAAAAGGAAAAAUCAUCGCAGCGGCGGCAGCGGAAGAGCCGCCGACGACGACCGAUGAAGCGCGCGGUGACGCUGAUCGACGUGAGCGUCCGCGCGCACGCGACGAUGCGCCCGUUCAUAUCCCCGGAACUCGAAUCGUCCACCACGGACGACAUCCCGUUCCCACCGUCGUCGCGGUGCGCGUUGGACGUGACCGUGCCGCUGUCGCAAAUCCAACUCGGCGACCUCGGCGGCGGCGCCGACGCCGGUUGGCGCCUCGAGACCAGCGGUUGGUACAUGUCCUACCACGACGGCGUCGCCGCCGCCGCGGACCCGCGGAACCGCACCGCGGACGCCGCCGCGACCGUGCUCGGGAUCGGCUCGAUCGGCGGCGAGGGCCGCGUCGAGCUGUGCGCGGAGAGGAGCGGUCGCGUCGUCGUCGUCGAAAACGGCGCCUUCGACGUUCGCAAAGGCGGCGUCGUCGGCGCGGAAGUGGGAACGUCAACCGGCACGACGACGACGACGACGACGACGACGACGACGCGCGCGGUGUCCGUGGACGGCGUCUCGAUCCACUGGCACCCGGACGCGUACUUCAUGGUGCAGCGGACCGUCGCGGGGAUCGUCGGCGUCGUCCGCGCGCGGCGGGAGGGGAAGGAGACAUCGCCCAAGCCGAAGCCGCCGCCGUCGUCGUCGUCGUCGCCGCCGCCGCCGCGAAAUGAGGCGCGUUCUAUACACUGGUUCCCAUACGACCGCGUUCGCGUGGUGAACGCCCCGGAGGGUCCCGACGCGCCGCCGCGUCGUAAGAUUGGCGUGCGCGCCGCGCGCGCGCGCGUCGUGCUGCCGUGGGGGAUCGACCUGGGCCACGCGCUGGUCGAGUUAAGAGCGGGCGCGGACGCGGUCGCGCGCGCGGGGGGGUGGCCGUUUCUUCCGAAGAGGACGCCGAUACCGGAACCGGGAUCGGAUCCGAAACACUCCGAACGCCGCGCGUCGCCGGUCACGGAGCUGACGAUCAAGAUCAUCGGCUCGCUCUCGAUGGAAGCGCACGACCACCCGCUCGCGCGGUGCCUGCGCGGGAAGGCCGCGUCGCUGGGGCCCGCGCUCGCGGCGCAACGCGCGUCGGACGCGGCGAAUCCACGCGCGCCGACGGAGGAGAGAGCGGCGGCGUACGACGCGCGCGUUCGCGAGUACGCGCGCGCGACGCGACGCGCCGCGCUCGGGAGCUUCCCGGAUCGCGCGAGGGAGACGGGCGCGGCGGCCGCGGCGAUGCACGCGGCGGCGAUUCGCGCGAGCACGGGGGACGCGCGGUUCACGGUCGUCAUGGGCGGCGGCGGCGGCGGCGGCGGCGCGGCGGUGUCCGCGGCGGAGCGCGCGGCGACGCGCGCGGACGCGCCGUGGUCCGACGACGUCCGUCUGAAGGUCGCGCGCGCCGCGCGCGUGGACGUCUGCGUCGAGUCCGUCUCCGUGGACCUGCCGCUCGCGCCCGGCGCGCUGUUCAAGGCGGACUCAGUGUCCGUCUCGGGCGUCGUCGUCGCCGCGAGGCAGGCGAUCGCGUCCGAGACCGACCCCGCGCGCGCGCCCGACCCUACGGUCCCGAUCAGGGUCGGCGCGCGCAGGUUCACGGGCGCGCGGUCGCCGCGCGCGCUCCCGCGGCCGCCGCUGAAGACGUACACGGAUAUCGACGUCGUCGCGACCGGCGUCGGGGGGUGUUACGCGACGGCGUCGGAGCCGGCUGCGUGCGCGGCGAGCCGCGAGCUGACGCGCGUCUUUCCGCCGCCGUCCGCCGCCGGUCGCGGCGGCCGCGCGGCGUACCACGCGGCGGCGGCCGCGAGAGCCGCGGCCGCCGCCGCCGCGGGGUGGCCGCUCGACCCGGAGACGGGCCUGCCGGCGUGCGCGCCGUCGCUGCCGUGGUGGGAUCGACUGCGGUCGACGUGGCGCGGACGCGCGCGGUUCGCGUUGAUAAAUCUCGCGUACGUGUUCGACGCGCGCGGCGUCGCGAGCGUCGCCGCGUGCGCGCGCGGGCCCGCGGGGUUGGAGCUCGGCGCGGCGAAGAUCGAGAUCGACGCGACCCCCGGGGACGUCGCGGUGCGCGCGGCGCGGCUGACGCUCGCCGCGCGCGGGGGGGUGUCGUGCGACGCGGACGAGGUUUUUUACGGAUCCGAGGCGGCGGCGGCGGCGGCGGCGGCGUCGACGACGACGACGUCGAACGGACCGACGGCGGUGGCCGCGCCCGACCCGGACGCGGUCGUGCACCUCGCGGUCGUCCCCGCGGCGGAGAUCGCGUUGACGUUCGACUGGCGGACGAUCGGCGGGAAGGACGGGUGCCGCGGGCAGGACCACCACAGGCACGACUCCGUCACCGGCGUCGAACUCAAGCCGUCGUCGUCGAUGUUUUCCUUGGGGUGCCGGCUCACCGCGGUCGCGACGUUGUCCACGAAGGACAAGAUGUUGUCCACGUGGAGGGAAAGUGGCGACGUGGCGGGCGUCGAUUCGUCCACGCCAGCGCGAGGGACGCCGUCGCCGAAUCUCGUGAAGUGGCGCAGCGGCGAUUUUCUCGCGCGCGCGACGGACGCCGCGGCCGCCGCCGCGCGGUCUUCUCCGAUGGACGACGUCAUCGCGGAGGAGAACGUCCACUCGCCGUCGUCCCCCGGGUUCGCGAGCGCGAUAUCCGCGGCGGCCGCCGCCGCGGUCGCGCACGACGCGUCCACGCCGACGAUCAUCGUCGGCCCCGCCGCGUUGCGGUGGCUUCGAAAGUUCGUCAAAGAUUUCACGAGACCCCCCGGCGCGUUGCGACGCGCGUGGAAGCUGCGACACAUCGGGCUCCCGAAGAAAGUCCGGCAUCCGUUACAAAAGGCGUUACCGCUCGUGUUCGACGAUAUCGAUCUCUCGAUCACCGCUGACGACGUCCGCGUGUCGCACCCGACGGAGAGUCUCGACGACGAAGCGAAAGGACUCACCGCGCACGUCGUCGGCUUCGCCUGCGCGGCGAAGUUUUCGCCGCCGCCGCCGCCGGCGUCUGCGAACGCGUUCCGUCGUCGCGCGUCGCCUCGCCGGCGGUACGAGAAACCGCCGCCGUCCGCGGUGCUCUCCACGCUCGAGGUGACGCUUCGAGAGGCGCGGGUGUUGUUACCCCCCGCGGACGGCGAGAUGGACUUUGGCGCGGCCGCCGCGCACAGGGCGGGGCUCGGCCGGUCGUCGGGCGGCGGCGGCGGCGGCGGCGGCGGUGGCGGGAGUCCUCGGACGCCCGGGAGCGGUCGGUUCGACCCCGCGCGCGGGCUGUGGGGCGGUCUCGGCUCCGGGAACUUCGACAAGGAAGCGGAGCGGUACAAGGCGAUCUACGAGAUGCUCGACGGGGGCAGGAGCGGCGGGGGCGGGUCGCCGCGCGUGGUGGGCGGCGGCGGGACGCCGUCGCCGUUGGGAGGCGGCGGCGGCGGCGGCGGCCUGCGCGGGCGGCUCGUGAAGGGCGAAUCCCCGAGCGGCCGCCGCCGGCGUUUGAUGGCGACCGACCCCGCGCUCGUGCUCGAGACGCGGUCCGUGCGCGUCGUCCGCCGCGUGGACGCGCCGGACUUCUUCGCGUGCGAGCUCCGCCGAGGCGCGCGCGGCGGCGGCGGCGGCGGCGGCGGGGACGUCGACGUCGCCGCCGACGGCGACGCGUCCGCGAGAGAGACGUCGUGGAUGCACGUCACCGUGGAGGAACCGCGCCUACUGAAAGCCGCCGCGCGACGCGACGCCCUCGUGCGAUGGGUCCGAGACGCGUACAGGGCGGCGAUCAAGCCGACGACGCCGAAGCACUCGCACGGCGCCUUGCUCAAAAUCGCAGCCGAGGCGAAGGAGAGAGCGGCGCAAGACGCGCUCGCCGCCGCGGAGAGGGCGGCGGCGUCGGAGAAGGCCCGCCCCGGCGGGCACAGGCGCGGGAAGAGCAAGUCCAGCAUCGUCGUCGGCGGCGGAGGCGGCGGCGGAGGAGGAGGAGGACCGAAGUCGUCGAAGCACAGGAAGACGUCGUCCGCGGCGCUCGGGAAAGGUCUCUUCGACGACGAUUUCGAUCUCUUGGACCCGUCCGCGUUUUCAGAAUGGCCCUUGGACCCGUCCGCGUUUGGGCACGAAAAAGACGUCGCGACGACGCGGCAUCAUCACCGCGGCUCGUGGGACGGCUCCCCGAUCGCGGAGGACGCGUCGUCGCCGCGCGCGCUGCGAGGCCUCGACCCCGCGGAAGGCGGCGAGGACGUCCUCUCCUUACUUCUCGCCGCGAACGCGAACGAACGAACGAACGAAGGCUGCGACUCUGGCCCCGCGUCGAGCGGCCCCGCGUCGACGGCGAGCGGCGGCCCGGCGUCGUCGGCGGCGACGAGUCGCGGCCCGUCGUCGUCGCGGCCGGCGUCGAGCGCGGCGAGCGAGGGCAUCGCCGCGGUCGUCGCCGCCGCGAAAGCUCGGCACCGCCGAUCGGCCAGCACGCUCGACGGCGCUUCCUCCGUGGGGUCGUUCGCGCUCACGGAGGCGGAACGCGCGGAGCGACGGACGCGACGGAUGCCGCCGGCGCCGCCGCCGGUGCCGCCGGUGUCGACGUCUUCGUCGACGGCGAUCGAGCCGCCGGCGCCGCCGCACGCCGCGGAGGACGACGACGAGGAAGAGAUCGUCUUCAUCAUGGACAUCACCGCGCCGCAGGUGAAUUUCGAGGGGAAGGACGCCGCCGCGCGGUUCUUGCUCGCGGCGUCCAGCGGCCGCGUCGUCGGUCGACGCGCGCGGCGGCCGCCGUCGUCGCCGUCGUCGCCGUUUUCGCCGUCGUCGCCGACCGCCGCGGAGGCGGCCGCGGCGGAGGCGGCCGCGCACUGGGGACGGCGCGUCGUCGAGGUGUCGCUUCAGAACGUUCAAGGGCACGUCGCGCCGACGGACGUGGACGUGAACGCGGGCGUGCAGUGGCUCGAUGAGGCGCUCUUCGCGUCCGCGGACGGCGCGGGCGCGGGCGCGGGCGCGGGCGCGGGCGGGAAAAAACGCGCCGCGGCCGCGACGGCGGACGAGUUCGAAUCCGGCUCCGGCGGCGCGACGACGACGACGACGACGACGAUGCUCUCCGGCAAGGGCAGCUACCUCUUACGUCAGGUCUUCAAGCCGUGCGAGAUGCGGUUAGACUUCACGACGCACAUCCCGGAGAAACACAAGAAGCGGCGGUACGUCGACGACGUCGUGGACGAUUUCGAUUGGGCCGCCGCCGCCGCCGUCGCGGGCCUCGAGCUCGCGGCGGAGGCGCGCGACUCGAAGUCGAAGUCGUCGGGGGCCCGAAACCUCGACGACGCGCACCACCACCACCGCGGCGCCGCCGCGGCGCUCUCGAUCGACGCCGGCGCGUGCGCGGCGGUCGUGACGCGCCUCGCCGCGAUGGCGAACGACGCGGAGCGCGAAGUCGGCGUCGCGAUCGCGAACGCGGAGGCGCUCGUGCGCGCGAACCGCCGCCGCCCCGCCAUCAAACUCUCAGUCGCCGUCGACGUCUUUCGAUGGAGCCUCCGCGCGGGCGGUCGCACGUUUCUCGACGCGUCCAUCGUCGAUCUGUCGCUCUCGCGCGAGCGCCACGCGGACACGAGCGGGCUGACGAAACUCGUGAUCCAAGAGAUGGAUCUGGACGUCCCGCCGCCGAAGCCGAAAGCCGCGGGGACGGCCGCCGCGAAGGUGGACGCCGCGCUCGCGGAGAGAGCCGCGGCCAAGGCGGCGAAGAAGCUCAGAGGACGAAAAAAGAGCAAAGACGUCCGCGUCGACGCGAGCGGCCGGAAACACGUCCUCGCGCGGUGGGACCCGCACGGCGCGGUCGAGAAGGGCGGCGACGGCGUGAACCCGCUCAUGGGCCGCGUCGCGCCGUCGCUCAAGAAGCCGCUCGUGAAGGUGAACGCGCGGCGCGCGGCGUCGCCGCCGGAGGCGCCGGUGUGGGACGCGAUCGAGGUGUCGAUUCAGCCGUUCGACCUCCACGUCGAGCGGUCGCUUUACGACAAGAUCAUAUCGUACGCUUUCCCGGAGAAGGACCGGAUCAGGGGCGGGUACAUCAACCCGAAAGGGCACGACGCGUUCGAGCGGUCGUUCGGGAUCGGGAUGUUCGACCGCGGCGGCGGCGGCGGCGGCGGCGGCGGGUAUGUUGACGUCUCCAGAGCCGCCGCGGCGACGGCGGCGGCGGCGGCGACGUCGCCCGCGAGCGAGUCGGAGGCGCGGAGGCUCCUCCUCGGCGGCGGCGCGGACGACGCCGCCGCCCCCCUCGGCGGCGACCAACCGAAGGCGGCGCUCCCACCCACCGCCGCGACGAACGCGAACGCGACGGUGGACUCGAACCGCGGUCAUAAAACGGUCGUCGUGCAUCGGUUACGCGUGAACGAAGUCCUCCUCAAGGUGUCCUACGACGGCAAACCUCGGUCGUUCAAAAACGUCCGCCUCCUCCUCGACGCGUCCACGCACACGGGGUUCCAAGGCCGGUGGAGGGAGCUCAUCAACAACCUGAAAGGGAACAUCGUGUGGUCGGUCCUGAAGUCGAUCACCGGGCUGCAAGGACGGCGGCUCCCAGGUUUGGGCGCGGUGGGACGGUUAGGAUUGGGCGUGCCGUUAGGAUUGGACGAGCCGACGUCGCCGCGGCCGACGCGCGUCGCCGUGGACGGGAUCGACAGCGCGGGGAGCGCGGGGGGGGGCGAGAAGAAGAAGACGUCCGACGGGGGUGACGACGGCGAAGGCGAGGAGGAGGCGAAGAGCGGCGAAGAGAGCGUGGACGACUCCGUGGACGACGACUCCGCGGACGACGACUCCGUGGACGUCGACGGCGACGACGGCGACGGCGAAGUCCGCGAGAGCGCGUCGGAUGACGACCGUCGCGACGACGACGCGUACGGUUUCGACGUCACGGAGGUGAAGCCGCGGACGAAGAAAGCGUCGCUGUUCUCCCGGAUGUUCGGCGCGAAGAAGAAGCGAGACGGCGGCGGCGGCGGCGCGCCGUCGCCGGAAAAAGAAAAAGAAGACCGCGACGCGGUGACGGCGUCCUGGCAUCGCAGAUGA